CAGGGAGUGGGCUCUUGUCCUCCGGCUGCUGCGGGCUGAUCACAUUGAGCCCCGGGCUGCCCCGAGCUGGGUCCCGGCUCCAGGCAUCAGAUCCCCGGGAGCCCGAGCCCUCGCUGCCGGCUUUUCCUCUUCUGCGAGAGGCGGGAGAUGGCGGCCGCCUUGCUGUCGGAGGCGGAGAUGGAACAGCGGUCCAUGGCCGAGGAGGACCCGAACGGCAACGAGCACGGCGCAGGGGCCAGGAGCAGCACGGUGCCGCGCUGGGGACCGCAGCACGCUGGCGCCAGGGAGCUGGCUCAGCUCUACUCGCCGGGAAAGCGAUUACAAGAAUGGAUCUGCGUCAUCUUAUGUGUGUGUUUGGUGGCCAUCAACUUCCUGUUCCUGAUGCUGCAUUUUUCCAUGGAUCACUUUUUCAAAUUAAUAAUAGCCAUUUUUGCUGGGAUUGUUACUGCAGAUUUUGCCUCCGGCCUGGUUCACUGGGGAGCAGACACCUGGGGUUCUGUUGAUAUCCCUGUCAUUGGCAAGGCAUUUAUUAGGCCUUUCCGAGAACAUCACAUUGAUCCAACUGCGAUAACCAGACAUGACUUCGUUGAGACUAAUGGAGAUAACUGUAUGUUUGCCAUUAUUCCACUGGCCCAUAUGACCUACAGGUUCAUCAACAACAGUCCAGAUGCUGUCUAUGAAGCCUAUCCCUGGGACUGUUACUUAUUCUGUUUAAGCAUAUUUGUGACAAUGACCAAUCAAAUUCACAAAUGGUCUCACUCGUACUUUGGUUUGCCUUGCUGGGUCAGCAUCCUUCAGGACCUUCACAUCAUCCUGCCUAGAAAGCAUCAUCGGAUCCAUCACAUUGCCCCUCAUGAGACUUACUUCUGCAUUACCACAGGAUGGCUGAAUUAUCUUCUGGAAAAGAUUGGAUUUUGGCGGAACCUUGAGUAUCUCAUAACAAAUAUAACUGGACACAAGCCAAGGACUGAUGAUAUGAAGUGGGUUCACAAGGUGGAAUAAAAGACUAUAAAUGGACUAAUGGUGUUGUGGGAAACUGAAGAGUCUCGGCCAUGCUUAAGAAGUGAAGACGCAUAUAAUUAAUUUUCCUUACCCUUGACCAGCACUUAGAAACUUGCAUUGUUACAUGAUGUGAUAUAUGUUUGAACAACUUUUUAUUUGCAAAUCAUUGCUGCCAUUCAAACAAGCUGCCUAUGUAGGUCCAAACAUAAGUUUAACAAGUGAUCCUUUGUUCUCCAUUCUACUAUAAUGCAAAAGAUGCUGAUCAUCCAUAUAUUAUUUUGUACCUAGUAUAUGGUCAGAAAUAGCACCAGCAACACUGAUAGCAAAUAGAAAGAGCGGGAUACCAUUUUAAUGGUGAAUUUAAAAAUCUUGACAGAACUGACUGUGCCCUUAUCAGCCUUAAGCACUUUUAAAUUGAUUAUAAUCCUGGUAAAUGGAAUGAUUCUGUACAGGAACUUAUAUAAAAAUUAUCUGAGUUUUAAAGUUAUGUGAAUUUUAGUUUGUUUUUGUGUUCUGCAUUGUUUGUUAAGGUACACAUCAUAAUAUAGAACCAAGUCAGAGAAACCUUCACACUCCUGAUGCAGCCUCACAGUUGCAUAAAUUUAUGAGAGCAUCACUUGAAAACUCUGCUGUUUAGUUGUAUAACCAAUCUGGUAAUGGACUCCUGGGCUGAGCUAAUAGGUCUGGCUGGCAAUGGUUUAUCUUCUAUGGGGAUAGAUUUCAUGUCGCACAUACCUUCUAAGAAUAAAUCAUUUGAUCCCAAGGGAAAGGGCAUACACAUUGUAUGUAGUCGUCCACAUUCGUUGCAAGAACCUGCACCAUACCAUCACCAAUCCCACUCCCUGCAGAAAUCACAUGUCUCAUUUAUGUUGUAGAACCACAUCCAAUUAAGCUGAUUCUAUUGUGUUUUUUGUCUUCUAUUAUCCAACAAUUGGUUCAGUUUAUGCAUUAGAAUAGAUGUCUGUAAAUAAGUGCCAGUGCAAACAGCUGCUCAUUUUGUCCUGACUGCAAUGUUGUUUCCUGGCCAUUGACUGUCAAUGAAGAUCUGCAUAAACCAACAUCAGUGCAGCCAGAAGCAUGACAACUUGUUGCCUGCAUUUCUGGUGGCAGAUUUUGCACUUGUUCUGACAGUUCACAGAAAUAUUGCCUGACACAUUGACACCAGAUGGCUCUUGUUCAGUUAUAGUGCUGUCCAGCAACUAAGUUUGGAGAUGCUUCUGAUGAUGAUCCUGAAAUGUAAAUUUAAAUCUCUUAAGUGAUUAAGAUUCUGAAUCAUCACAGUAUCACUCUGGCAGCCCCCCUCUCUCAUUUUAACUCUUUUUCCUGCGUUGUCUCCUGUAUGUCAUUGUUGGUCUUUGAAAAUUCUCUUUAGUUAUCCAGUAAAGCUUUCUUACUAAUUUCACACAAAAACAUUUGCUUUUUGGCCCAAUGUUUAUUAUCUUUUUAAUUUCGGUAUUUUCCUUAACUGUUUGUUAACCUUCAUCUAAGUGCUAUUAAUUUCUCCUGCAGUGAUGAUUUGGACUAGCAAGAUAAACCUCUUUAUUCUCCUUUUGACACUUUAGUUUCCCACAUGAAACAGACUAAAUGUAAUUAAAAUUAAAAUAUUCCAAGAGUAUCUGAAAUAUUGCUCCAUGUGGAGGGAUAGGAUAGAAUUACAUUUCUACUUCAUCCCUAUCGAGUUGGUAAGUUAUCGAGUUAUAUGACAGAAUCCGUAUCAUAGUUCAGAAAGGAUUUGCUUUGUUCUGAGGGAUCAUAAAGUAUGAUGAGUCCAGGCUGCAUUUAAUUUCUAAAUCAAAGUGACACAGGUAAAGGAACUUGAUCAUUAUUUAUGAGUUUUAUCUGAAAUAUUAUUUUCUUGCAGUCUUACCAGGAUAACAAGACUGCCUGUAUUAAUUGGGAACCCAACCCAUCCUCUGGUAUCACUGGUAUAUUAGGCAAUACUUUCCACCUGUUCUGAUUUUUAAAGCCACAAAUGCUGCAAAUGUGCUACUGGCCUUUGGAGCAGCUGGGUUUACCGUUACA